AUGGCUCAACAUAUAAUUUCAACUAUAGAAACCAAACGACCUCAUGCGUAUGAAAAUAUGAUAAAUAGUUUUGACACCGAUGGUGAUGUGAAUGACAUUACACUUGAACAUCUCUCAAGUCCUGAGUUCAAUCAAAAAGACGAACGGGAUCAAAAAAUAAAUAGAUCAAUUGCUAGAAGUUAUAGCAAUCACAUUUAUGAAUCACUUUCAUAUGAUAUCCGUCGUCAAUCUCAAAUAUCAUUAAUUAGUGUACAACUACGUAAUUUACGUCGAAAAUUCAGUGAUCGUACCGAUGCUAUUAAAGAAAUUAUUCAUCAACUACCAGAUUAUGCAGAUAAUGCCAAUGGCAGUAUUAGUGUACGUGAAGAAAAAGCGCAAGAGCAACCUCCUAUCCGAUCAGUAUUUGCAUCAGAUAGCGUAAGUCAAGCUUCAACACCUAGUUUAUUGCUAGAAGGCAAUGGAAUAAAACAACGCUUACAAAGAAUCGUACGCCGUUGUCUACGAAAAUCUGGUAUUCGAAAACCGAUUGAUACAGAUAGUAAUGCGCAUUUAAUUUGGCUGUUAUUUGUCGCAUUGGCAUAUCUAUAUAAUUUUAUAUCGAUACCCUUACGUAUAGCAUUUCCCAUAUGGAAAAAAGGAGAAACAAAUAUUUGGUUAUGGAUGUUAAUCGAUUAUUUAUCUGACGUACUUUACUUAAUCGAUAUAUUUUUUGUUCAAACAAGAAUUAAAUAUUUAGAAAAUGGUCUUUGGAUUAAAAAUUUUCGUUUAACUGCAAUGAAAUAUUUUCAUUCACUACCAUUCUUAUUUGAUUGUUUAUCGCUUUUACCAUUGGAUUUUUUUUAUUUUCUUUUCGGCUUUCAUGCUAUUUUUCGAUUAUUACGUUUACUUAAAAUACGUUCGUUAACAAAUUUUUUUCGUUAUUGUGAUCGUUGGGUACAAUCAUUUUUUGCUAGUGUGCGACUUGUCAGAAUUCUCGCAUUGCUCCUCUAUGUUAUAUUAUCGGUACAUGUAUAUGCAUGUAUUUAUUUUCUUUUUUCAAAUUAUGAAAUUCAACAUGGUGUUGAUAAUACUUGGGUUUAUAAAAUAGAACAUCAACCACGUAUGAGUGCAUAUUCGUAUUCGUUUUAUUAUUGUUUUAAAAUUGCAUCUACCAUUGGAAAUAUUCCAAGUCCGGAAACUGGACUUGAAUAUUUAUUUGUCAUUGUUGGAUAUUUAUUUGCACUGUUUAUAUUUGCCUUAUUGAUUGGACAAAUUCGUGAUGUAUUUCAAUCAAUGAAUCAAAGACGCUUAGCAUAUCAAAAUAAAGUUGAACAAGUUAUGCAGUAUUUAACAAAAUUUGAAUUACCAAAAACUUUGCAAGAUAGGGUUAGAAAUUGGUUUCAGUAUAAUUGGGAAGAUAGAAAUACACUAGAAGAUGAUGAUGCAACAUUAUCAUUUUUACCUGCUACCCUUCAAACUGAACUUGCUAUUAGUAUUCAUUAUGAUACUUUGUCAAAAGUGAAAUUGUUUCAAGAUUGCGAGAGAGCAUUUCUUCAUUCAUUGGUACUUAAAUUAAAACCAGCAUUAUUUUUACCAGGUGAUUAUAUAUGUAAAAAGGGUGAAAUUGGCCGAGAAAUGUAUAUUGUUAAUCAUGGAAUUCUUGAUGUUUUUAUUGAUGACAAACGUAUAGCUGGUCUUGAAGAUGGUGCAGUCUUCGGCGAAAUUAGUUUGCUUGAAGUAGCCGGAGGUAACCGACGUACAGCUGAUGUUAUUUCACGCGGUUUUUCAACAUUAUUUACUUUACAUAAAGCAGAUUUAAAUGAACAAUUAAAAGAUUUUCCAGAAGCUGGUAAAAUUCUUCGUCGAAAAGCAAAGAUAUUAAUGAAAGGAUCAUCCAAACCAGAAGAGGAAGAAGCAGCUCAUGAUAAUGAAGUUGUUCAAGCAGAACCAAUUAUUGUCGAUCAUCCACCAAAACCAGAUCCUAGACUGCUCGAUACGGUUUUGAAAGCCGUUGGUACGAAUUCAAAAUUAGUGGAAGUAUUAAACCGACCUCGACCAAGUUGUCUAUAUGAACCACUUUCAAUAAAAGUUCCUGAUAUUACUAUAACAAAACGUAAUGAACCAAUUCGAACUUCUACUGAAAGUGAUCAAAAUAUAAAUCUUGUAAUACCAACGUUAACAGUAACACCAGUUGAUGCAACUACAGCACGAAUUCAAACUCUUCGCCAAAGAUUGUUUUCAAUUCCAUUACAAAAUCUACCAUCAGCUAUGCAAUAUUUAAACGAAGAGGACGAUUUACUGAUUAAUCGUACGCUACCAACAUCAGAAACAACUGUAACAUUAGUGUUUGAUGAUGACCUUGUUUAA